AUGACCCAAGACCCAGUAUCCCCAUCCCCAAUCGAAAUAGCCCACCUCGGCCUCCGAACCCCAAACCCAACACCCCUAAUCACCUUCUACAAAACCCUCCUCAACGCCCACAUCGUCCUCCAAAACAACUACAUCUCCGUUCUAACCUGGGACAGAGAACACCACCGCCUCGCGAUCCUUCACAGCCCCACUCCAUCAACCUCUCCCUCCCCCUCCUCUUCCUCUAAUGACACCGCUCUUCCCCCCUCCAACGACCCGCCGCCAUCCACCGGACUUGACCAUAUCGCCCUGAAAUUCGCUUCCCUCAAUGACCUAGCCCGCAUGUACCACGCCGGCAAAGCGGGCGGGAUAGAACCGCAUCUCUGCCUCAAUCACGGCGUGACGACGAGCUUGUACUACAGGGAUCCGGAUGGAAACCAGAUUGAGACCAUGAUUGAGAACUACGACAACCCCGAAGAUGUGUGGAAGCACAUGAAUAGCCUUGAUCCGUCAAACACACGAGGGGUCAGAUUUGACCCGAAAGAUUUGUUGCGACUGUAAGCUUGCAAAGAAUGUGGCACAGUCGAACACGAGCAGGCGAACUGGAGGCAGAACUCAAAACGACAAGACUCUUUAGCGAAUCUUGAGGUCAAUUACUUCGAGAAUGAUGGACAUCGCAAGUUCUUCAUACAAGUAUUACUAUUUACUAUGAUUAUGCAAGGCAGCAGCGCUGCCAGGGUACCUUCACGAUUACUUUAUCCACCGUGAUAUACAAGAGUACCAACUAUGUACGCUGUGGAAGCAGUGUGUGCAGGCAGGCUUG